UUUCAUUGGGCGAGCGCGCAUAAGCGAAGGGAGCUGGUGAGAGCGCGCUCACGCCGCCGUAAACUGCUUGCGGCGCAUGCGCUAACGCUACCUUCCGUCGGCCUGCCCGGGCCUCUCUGCCCACCAGCGCCAUCUUGAGAGACGAGCGGCGGGUUUGUUGUCCGCCGCGGCGUCGGGGCUCCCUGAGGCCUCCCUCGCGCCUGGACUUGGCCUGCGGGUCGGCGCGGUUGACUAGGCCUGGCUGGAGGGCUGAGGAGCCGCCGCCAUCAUGGAGGACGAAAUGCCGAAGACGCUGUAUGUGGGAAAUCUGUCAAGAGAUGUUACUGAGGCACUAAUUCUCCAGCUCUUCAGCCAGAUUGGACCAUGCAAAAAUUGCAAAAUGAUCAUGGAUACAGCUGGAAAUGAUCCGUACUGUUUUGUGGAGUUUUAUGAGCAUCGUCAUGCAGCUGCAGCUUUAGCGGCUAUGAAUGGACGGAAGAUAAUGGGUAAGGAGGUCAAAGUCAACUGGGCAACAACCCCCAGCAGCCAGAAGAAAGAUACCAGCAGUAGUACCGUUGUCAACACACUGCGUUCACAAGACCACUUCCAUGUCUUUGUUGGAGACCUCAGCCCAGAGAUUACAACUGAAGAUAUAAAAGCAGCUUUUGCACCAUUUGGAAGAAUAUCGGAUGCUCGAGUUGUUAAGGACAUGGCAACAGGAAAAUCUAAAGGAUAUGGCUUUGUUUCUUUCUUCAAUAAAUGGGAUGCAGAAAAUGCGAUUCAGCAGAUGGGGGGACAAUGGCUUGGUGGAAGACAAAUUAGGACUAAUUGGGCAACACGUAAACCUCCAGCUCCAAAGAGUACAUACGAGUCAAAUGCCAAACAACUUUCCUAUGAUGAUGUUGUAAAUCAGUCCAGUCCAAGCAACUGCACUGUAUACUGUGGUGGUGUUACUUCAGGACUGACAGAACAGCUGAUGCGCCAGACAUUUUCUCCUUUUGGACAGAUAAUGGAAAUUCGAGUCUUCCCAGAUAAAGGAUACUCCUUUGUACGGUUCAAUUCUCAUGAAAGUGCUGCACAUGCAAUUGUUUCAGUCAAUGGGACAACUAUAGAAGGACAUGUUGUGAAAUGUUACUGGGGCAAAGAAACGCCAGAUAUGAUCAAUCCAAUCCAACAGCAGAAUCAAGUGGGAUAUCCACCACCUUACGGGCAGUGGGGCCAGUGGUAUGGCAAUGCACAGCAGAUUGGCCAGUACAUGCCUAAUGGCUGGCAGGUCCCUGCAUAUGGAAUGUAUGGACAAGCGUGGAAUCAAGGGUUUAAUCAGACGCAGUCUUCUGCAGCGUGGAUGGGUGCAAAUUAUGGUGUGCCACCGCCACCACCACCGCCACCUCCCCAGGGGCAAAAUGGAAGUGUUCUAACUAGUCAAACUGGAUAUCGGAUGGCAGGUUUUGAAACGCAGUGAGAGGGACACAGAAGGACUCUGAAAUAGAACAACUGGUGGCUUUGAGGCUAUAUGGAGCAUUGUAAAAUCCUUUGUUUACUUUUAAAAAACCUAUCCAAUCAAGUCAGUGCAAAAGUCAGAAAACAGUAUUUAUUUUUAAUCAUGAAACUAUGUUGUCCACAUUUUUUUUAAAACACACACACACAGGAAAUACUAGAUGCUGGAUAUCUGCCAACUUUUGCCUUCUUUUUCCUCUUUUGAGAUGUGUUUCUUAAGAUCCUUGUUUGAAACACAACAAAUGCAGGGAUUUCUGCCACUUUUAGAUUGGGGCAGAAAAUUGCACAAUAUCAAACUUUUUUCCACUGAAGUAGUGUGCAGUUAUAGUUUGCAUUCCUAGUAUGACUUAAAAUGUAUAUGAAAAGUUGUACGAAAGAAAAAAACCACGCCAAAACUGUGUGAAUUCUGAAGGUUUAUUGCGAUCUUCAGCUUGUGCACAAUUCUGUUCUAAAGAGAGCCUAUUGUAUAAAAUGUCCCAUCUCGUCACUUUUGUUAUACUGGGGUUUCAAAUAUAACUUAUUGGUUUACAUUAUUUUGUAUCUAGACAUUUUUCAAAAAGUGAUUUUUGCCUUACUGUCAGCUAUUAAAUUAUUAAAUGGGGGUGGCGGUGGGAAGUGAUGGUUGGCACUAGUAGUUGUACAGAGCUCUCAGAUGGAUCCAACUCUUCAUGUUGUUAGAUGUGAGAAGGUGCCUGGGAAAUCCCUGUUGGAUUUGCUUAAAGAUCUUCACCGAUGAACUUAGCCCAGUUUCAGAUAUUAUUAAAAUGUGACACAUUCUAAUGAACCAGCUUUUCUAAAUCUCUCAGUUUUUACAUUUACAUGUAUCCUUUACCAUGUAAACUAUUUUAGCAAAUUAAUAUUUUUCACAAAAGUUGGUCAACUUUUGUAUGUCUCCUUCUUUGAAAGGGCAAGAGGGAGAGAUUUAUGUGACAAUGAGUAUGAUUUUCAGCUUUGGCUUUUUGCAUGUGAAUAUCAAAUACAUCAUUAGAUUUUGAAUACACAAGUCAUGCUCUCAUUUUUCAGAGAUAUGUAGAGAAUACAUUGGUCUUAGCAACUUUUUACUCAAGUGGAGUAAAUUUGACUUGAUUUAGCAUGUACAGGUAGAGCAGUGAAAUCUUGUAGCAUUGUGCAAAUCAGGCCAGGAGUAUGAGGAAUGCUCCAGUUAAGCCUGAAGGACCAGCUGGAUUAAACAUUUUAAUUGUUCAGAGGCCAAAAACCUUGGUAUCCUACCUCCUUGAUUAGCCUUCAGAGAGUGCAAAAAAGAAAGCUACCCUUAGGUGUAGUAUUUAUUUGUCCCUGUUAAUGCCCGGGCAUGUGGAGAUGUUUGCUUUUUGUUCUGCAUUGGUUGUAGUAGAGCAACAUAUCAAGGGACUAUUGAGCUUAUGUUAUAUGGAGUGUCCUAUGACUGUAUUUUAUGGGAAGAAGUGACCCUAUGACAGUAGGGGGCUGGCUUUGGAGAUCCUAUUUCUCUUGAUUUAAACCCCUCCUCUUUGGGGAAUGUCCCAUGGUUCAGGACAGUGGAGGUGGGAAGCUGUUCUAAAAUGUGAAAGCUUGCUACAAGAUUAAUUUUACGGUGGGGGGGGGGUAGAGGAAAAGACAAAGGAAAGCUUAUGAUGCGACUCUUGAGAAACAGUGGCCCCUGACUGAGCAUUCUGUAAAAGCGAGCAGAACCAGAUUGCUUGAAAUUAACCUUUGUCACCCUGUAGACAGGACUUGGCCCACAUAAUUUUAAAUAAUAAAGCAUACCCAAAAGACAGCUUAACUCAUAGAUCACUCUCAUUUAUGCCUCCUUGAUGCCUUUUAAACUUGCAUAAACAUACCUUCUGGCUUCUGACCAUCUCUGCUUGUACAGUUCUUUUAAAAGAGUACAGGAAUAGGGUUGAGGUGAGUUUGGUGCCGCAUUGGAAUUUCUAUGUGUGUAUUUUUCAGCAAUAGGACUGCCCAGGUUUGCUUGUCUUAAAUAAAAUUCCUGUCAUUAAAACAGUCUGAGAUCCUAUUAACUAGUGUUUUAAAAAACAAGCACACAUACACAUGCAGGCUUUUAAUAUCAUGUCAGUGCUGGUUGCUGUCCUUGGAUUUCCCCCCCCCCUCAAUUUUGACAACCAGGAAGACACGAAUUUUUGGGGGGUGGGGGUGUUGACCAUAAUUAAAGGGACCAAAAAUUCUAAAGCUUCUCGGAUUACAAAAUACUAUGAGAAAAAUGAUUUGAUCAGGCCCUUUAAGUACUGCAAUUGUUACUACUAAGCUACUUUUCACUAGGACUGUCUGCCUUUCUGAAAAUCACUCCUAACUUCUACAGGAGACAAUCAAAACUGGAGUUGUUCACGAAAUACCAGCUUUAUUGGGGAUCCCUUUGUGCUGUAACAUUUCCAUACUGGCCCCAAGACAAAAGUAGGCGAAGCAUUUGAGGCCAUUUCUUCCCUUCACUGUUGCCCUUCUUUCUUUCCUGCUUUUAGUUUAAGCAUUUGUCAGGCCUUUGUUUAUAAAAGGGAGUCGUCUUAAUAUGAUAAAUAUAAAAAUAAUAAUGUCCCAUAGAGAUAACAAAAGGAAGACAAAGCUGUCUGGGGUAUUUGAUUUGGGUCUUUUGUUUCUAAAUAGCACCCCAUUUUUGUCUCUGUACAAACAUUAAAAGCUUCAUUUGGACUAAUGUAUUUUGAUACUUGUAUUUAGAAGUUCAAGAACUUCACUCCAGAAGCCGUGAGUUUUGAAAGCCAUUAAGAUGUUAAUAAAAGAUGUGAGCUUGUGUAUUUCA